AGCGUGUGGCUGUGGGGGGUGCGUGUGUGGGUGUGCGCGCGUGUGUUUGUGUUUGUGAGCCUCUGUGUGUGUGUGUGUGUGCCGUGUGUGCGUGUUUGCGGGCGGGUGCGCGCGUCGCGGCGGGGCCGGGAGCGCGUCCCCGGCGCCGUGCCGGGGGGUGCGGGCUGAGCUCAUCGCUGGCUCCCCGGCGCUCCUUACCAGUGGCUUCUGCGGUCACAUGGGUUAUGUGCUGGAGUUUAAAAGAGCUUAUAGCCCCCGAGCCGGUGCAGAAGCAGCCGGUGGUUGCAUGGGGUAGCGCCGGGAGUGGCGGCAAGGAAGGCGCCGAAGCCAUCUCAGCACCUUUCCCCUGUGAAGACCCGGGAGUGCAAAAGCAUCCUUCUGCGGGGACCUUCCCACUGCUACCGGCAGCUCUCGCCUUCGCUCUCCACUGCUUCCCUGCAAGCGUGAAGCCUCCGUCCUCUCCGGCUAUCGUGGCGGCCCUGCUGCUUUCCUGAGUAAAAUCCCAGAUCUGAGCAGUGAGGGUUGGACAAGUGGCCAGAAGAAUCCCCCAGGCGUUUAUGAGAAAUUGGGGACGCCCCAAGGACUCUGGACUGGUGGAGAGAUGGCUAGCCCUGUCCGGUCAGCCUGCUGCGUGGUGCUCGCCGCGGUGGUGGUGGUGUACGCCCAGAGGCACAGCCAGCAGGACAGCCACAUCCAGUACGAGCGGGUAGGCGCAGACGUGACCAUGAAGUGUGGCUCCAUGGACUGGGACGCAGCCGUGACCUGGACAGCCAACGGCACCGACAUCGACGAGUCCCACCUGAACGGGUCCUACCUGAUCCUGAAGAACGUUGACCUGUCGCAGAGCGGACAGUACUCCUGCUACGAGGGCUCCUCCUGGCACCUCAAGUACCAGACCUACCUGAGGGUGGGAACCCCCCCAAAGGAGCCAGUGCUGAUGUGCCGGUCCAACAACUACCCGAAGGGUUUCUACUGCAGCUGGCACCUGCCCACUCCUACAUACAUCCCCAACACCUUCAACAUCUCUGUCAUACACGGCACAAAAGACAUGGUCUGUGAGAAGGAUGCCACUCCCAAAAACAGGUGUCACAUCAGAUACCUCCAGCUCUUCUCGACAGUGAAGUACAAGGUGACUCUGACAGUCACGAAUGCUCUGGGCAAAAACUUCACCACUCUCACCUUUGACGAGUUCGCCAUAGUAAAGCCAGACCCUCCGGAGAGUGUGGUGGCCAAACCCGUGCCCAAUAACCCUCGAAGAUUGGAGGUGUCAUGGCAAAACCCCUCAUCAUGGCCUGACCCUGAUUCUUUCCCACUGAAGUUCUUCCUGCGUUAUCGGCCUCUCAUCCUGGACCAGUGGCAACAUGUCGAGCUGUCAGACGGGACAUCGCACACCAUCACAGACGCCUACGCUGGCAAGGAAUACAUCAUCCAGGUGGCAGCCAAAGACAACGACAUCGGCACGUGGAGUGACUGGAGUGUGGCUGUUCAUGCCACCCCCUGGACAGAGGAGCCCAAGCAUCUCACCACGGAGGCCCAGAUCACAGAGACAACAAGUGCUAGCACCUCCUCUUUCAUGGCGCCACCCACCACCAAGAUCUGUGACAAGGGGGCCGUGGUGGGCAGCGGGGCCAUGGCAGUGUGUUGGACAGCUGGACUGGUCGUGGCUGCCUAUAGUGUCCUCUUUAUUUAAUCUCCAUCUGUCCGUGCACCGCAGCCCAGCGCAGACGCCUCCCACCGCCCACGCCGCCACCGCCCCUGCCCCGCCGCCCCGCUCCCGGGUUGAGUCUCUUAGCUCUUCGAUUUUGCACACAUUGACGACGUAUCACGCUUCUCGCCGUCGCUUCGGAGGAGGACAGAGCUGCCGCCGUCCCCUGGGGAGCCGCAAAAUCCUCUCCCAGCCCGGAGUGAGGAGACACAUCUCCGCGCCCCUUUCCUCAGCUGAGUGAAGCGAGCCCGGGCCCCGCAGCUGAGGGCCCCACUCAUACAGCUAAACCCCCCCACGCCAAAGACGUGCCCGCCGCCCGCGGCAGCGCACCGAGAAAAGGGGAUAUGAAACCGGGGGGGUGGUGAGGGGAAUGACGCUCCAAGCUGUGUACCCCCUUACGGCAAAAGGGGGUCCCCCAAGGACUGGACUCGCUCCCCUGAGCUCUCAACCGUGUGGCGAAGCUGGAGGGCUGCAUGGAUCGGGGGGGGGGGGGGGGUCUUGGUCCCCUCCGAAGGGGUGGUGGAGGGGAGAACUGGUGGCUUUCACAAGUGCGAUGGGGAGCAGGGAGCUGGCAGGGUUUUAAUGGAACAGAAAAAGGAAGUGAAACACCGAUAAAACCCUCCUGCCCCCUGCCGAGCACCUGCGAGAGUUGUCCCUCCACCGCCCCCUCCACAGCACCCUGCAGCAGCCUUCGCUACCCCCAGCCCCACCCCAACAUCACCCCCAAACUUUUAACCAUGUUGGAUACAGGGAAUCACCCCCAUUGAUGUCUUUGUCUCAUUCUCCAACAAAAGCAGAAUAGCUCUGCUGUUGCCUUUAGAGCUGGAGCCCUGCAGACCUAUGCCCCACUGUCCCCUGCUGUUCCCGGCUGUCCCCAGCUGUCCCCGUGCCUGCUCUGCUCUCCUCCCCAUCCUGCCCGAAGUCCUGUUUUGUAAAGACACCUUCUCUUGGCCCUGCCUGGACCCAAGCGCAGUAUUUAAUACCGUAGGUCCUAGUAUUCCCACUGUUGACAUGCUGUAUUUGAAUUUUUUAUAGAUGUAUAUAUAUAUAAAAAAAAAAUAAUCAAAAAAAAAGUAAUAGAGGGGAUAAAACUAAGCUCACAGAGACAACGCACACACGCACACACACACACACACACACCAGGAGAGACUGUCUUCAUUAAA